AUGGCCUCUCAAUUUGAAAAUCGGCUCUUCAUCAACGGCGAGUUCAGGACAUCAAAGUCGGGUAAGACAUUCGAUAUGAUCAAUCCUGCAACCACCGAGAAAUUAGGAGAUGUGUACGAGGCCGGUGCGGACGAUGUAGACAUUGCUGUCGCAGCAGCCAGUCAGGACUUUGAGUCAUGGUCCGAACUCCCUGCUGCCACUCGAUCUCAGUGGCUUAAUCGCUUGGCUGACAAGCUUGCCGAGAAUGUUGAGGAGAUGGCGCGUCUGGAGGCGCUCACCAUGGGCAAACCAGUUGACGGCGAAUUUUCGGCAAAUUAUUAG